AUGGUUGUUCUCUCUGAACUUCGAGAAGGAUCUUCACCUUCUUCAUCAACUCAUGGCCAUAGUAUAUCAACUUGUGGUCCUAGAUCAUCAACUCAGGAUCAUAGAUAUGAUGUAUUUAUAAGUUUUAGAGGUGUUGACACUCGUCUGAAUUUUACUAAAUAUCUUUAUGAGGCCCUUGUAGAUGCCAAUAUCACUACCUUCUUGGAUGAUGAAGAGGUUGAAACAGGGGAAGAUUUGAAACCGGAACUCGAGAGUGCAAUUAAGGCAUCUCGGGCUUCUAUUAUUGUGUUGUCUAAGAAUUACGCUUCUUCAACAUGGUGUCUGGAUGAAUUGGUGCUUAUCCUUGAGCAGCGUAUGAAAUCAAACCAUAUUGUCAUCCCAAUCUUUUAUCAUGUGGAGCCAACCCAUGUCAGGAAGCGACAAAGUAGCUUUGGAGAUGCAAUGUCUAAGCAUAAACAGAAAAUGGAUGAAGAGACAGAUGAAAAUAAAAGAAGUCAAUGGGUUCAAAAGAUGGACCGAUGGAAUAAAGCACUUAUCAAAGUUGCUAAUUUAAAAGGAAAUGACAUAAAUGGCAGGUUUGAGAGUGAGUUUAUUGAAGAAAUUGUGAAGAACAUCAACCGUAGAUUACAUUUACCUUUAGGGAGUAUUCGGCCACUACUUAUUGGGAUGGACGAUUCCAUUAACUUCAUCACCUCAUGGUUGAAAGAUGGAUCCUCACAUACGGCAGAUAUACUCACUAUUUCGGGUAUAGGCGGGAUCGGGAAGACAUCUUUAGCCAAACAUGUGUAUGGGCUAUAUUCUCGUGAGUUUCAAACAAGCAGCUUUAUUGAAGAUAUCACAAGAAAAUGUGAUGGAAAAUUUAAUGGGUUGCUUGAUUUACAAAAACAACUCUGCUAUGAAAUUUCAAAACCAAGUUCAAUUCACGUUUAUGAUGUUUCAGUGAACACCUCAAAGAUAGAGAAUGCACUAGCCCGUAAAAAGGCAUUUCUAGUUCUUGAUGAUAUCAAUACUCUUGUUCAGUUAGAUGCAUUACUUGGAAGCAAAGGUUUUCAUCCCGGAACCAAAGUUAUAAUUACAACAAAGGACAGAUGGUUGACAGAGAGUUGUGUACUAUUCAAAACAAACAUUAGACCCAAGCAUGCAAAACACUUCCUUGAAGGUUUAAAUUGGACCGAGUCAAGGAAACUUUUUUGCUUUCAUGCAUUCAUGUGCAACCAUCCCAAGGCAGGUUUCGAAGAGGUAUUGGAUAAGCUUGUGAAGUAUUGUCAAGGACUACCAUUGGCUCUUGAAGUAUUGGGCAAGUCUUUGCAUAAUCGGGAUGUGGGGUACUGGGAAGGUUGCAUGGAAGGGCUAAUGAAAGAAGUUAGUUCCCCUGUAAAUAAUGUCUUGAGGAUGAGCUUUGACUCUUUGCUAUCCAAAAACGACAAGGAAUUGUUUAAGCAUAUUGCUUGUUUUUUUGUUGGAACAGAUAGAUAUGUUAGUGAAACAAUAUUAGAGGCAUGUGAUAUAAACACAAGAUCUGGAAUUACGAAUCUCAUUGACAGAUGUCUUCUUAGUAUUGGACGGAAUAAUGAAUUGAAGAUGCAUCAGUUGGUUCAAGAGAUGGGUAGAUUCGUUGUAGGUCAAGAGUCACAUGACAAGCCAUGGAAGCGAAGUCGUGUAUGGUAUCAUAAGGAUUCCUUCAGAGUGUUAAAAGAAAAAAAGGGUAAGGGAAAUCUUCUAGGCCUUGCCCUUGACAUGCGAAUGCUUGAGAAAGAGAAGUUGGGAACAUCAUUUGAGCUGAAAACAGAUGCAUUGAGUAACAUGUAUAGUCUUAUGCUACUACAACUUAAUUAUGUGCACUUGUAUGGGACUUAUGAGAAUUUUCCAGAGGAAUUAAGAGGCUUGUGUAUGCAUGGGUUUCAUUUAAAGUCUAUACCUUCAGAGUUACCUAUAGAGAAUCUUGUUGCUCUUGACAUGUCAUAUAGCAAUAUUGAAUCAUUUGUCAGUUAUAGUAAUCCACAACAACUUGAGAAGAGGCAAAAGUUGGAUGGACCAUGCAUAAAAGAGAAAAGGUUAUUUUGUUCACUGAAGAUUCUUAAUUUAAGUUUCUGUAAACAACUUCAGAGUGUUGGUGACUUUGACCUACUCCCUGCGCUUGAGAGGUUAAUACUUAGAAACUGCAUUGGUUUGCUUGAUGUUUGUGAAACAAUUCAGCAUUGUGUUGAACUUAUCCUCAUCGAUCUGAGCUAUUGCAAGAAGCUUGAAAAGCUUCCAAGAAAUAUAGGCAUGUUAAAGAAGGUUAAAACAGUGUUGCUUGAUGGUUGUAAUCUUGGUGAAUCUCAAAUCAAGAAUAUGGAUAUGGAUUCACUGGAAAUGUGCACGGUUAACAACAUUGGCAUAAACCAAAAAACCUCUUUCUCUGCCUUUGUGGGUGCUAUACCACAUGAUUUGAAGUCCUUUGCAAUGUCUUUACCAAGGUCUUUGGUAACAUUGUCAAUUGCAAAGAACAAGUUGUCCAAUGAAUCCUUUCCCAUGGACUUCAGUUGUCUAUCCAUGUUAAAGGAGUUAUAUUUAGAUCGCAAUCCAAUCAAUUCCAUGCCAAGUUGUGUGAGAACCCUUCCUGGACUUGAGAUACUUAGUAUGGAUAAUUGUAAAAAAUUGAAGUCAGUCGAGUAUCCUCCACGUACACUAAGAAAGUUGUUUAUUAAUCCUCAUGAUUUGUAUGAUAUAGAAAAAGUUGUAUUUAAUCCAGAAAUGUCCCCACUCCAGCUAUCAAUAAAUGGGUCAGAUGAUGCAUCUUGGAUAAUUGAAGGCAUGGUCGAAAUCCAACCAAUGGUGAGUGUUGAGGAAAAGUUAUUACAUAGAUUGGGCUGGACUAAUUUAGACUUCCUUAACCAAAGGCACAUGGGAACUAAUUAUUCAGAAUCUGAAAUCCAGAUGAUUUAUGAAUUUGGAAUAUUCAGCACAAGGUAUGAGGCGGAGGAGAUGCCAAGUUGGUUUAGGCAUAGAAGUGAGGGGCCAUCAAUAUCAUUUACCAUCCCAUCAUCAUCUCCAAACAACAUUAGAGGACUCAACUUCUGUUCUCUGCAGAGGUUGCGAGGUUUUGAUGAGAUAUAUCCCUUUGCUGGUCAUUUUCCUACGACGCCAAUGAUGACAGUUAGUAAUAUAACAAAGAACCGCAUGUGGAUAUAUGAACGUCACAGGGACAGAUUUAAUGUAGGUGGAAAGUGUUGUUGGGUGAUGUUAAGUCAUUGGAUGUUUGGGAUGAAUGAGAUGGAUGCUGGUGACCACAUUAUUAUUACUGUUACAGAGCGGCGUUAUGUACUUGUAAAGGAGUGUGGGGUGAGUCUUGUGUAUGAUGAAGGAGAGAAGAUGGAUGAAGAAGAAGAUGUGUUGGGUUAUUACAAGUCAUGGAAUCACAUAAUUGGUGGAGAUCUCUCUCCUUUUCAAACAACAACCGGAGAAUACAUCUUAGAAAAAGGGCGGUUUUCUUCACAUGGCAUUAUAUUGUAUCCCUAUCAUCGUAAAUUCAUUACGGAAGGCCCCGACUAUCAAGUAAAAGAGAGAGGGUGGUUCAGAUCUUUAUCCCCCAAAGAAGCCUGA